UAAGUAUUUUACUUCGACUAAAUAAUGUUUUAUUUCACGGGACAAAGGAUCACAACUCUAAGUCUUGAGAACCACUAAGCCAUAAACCAGUUCUCUUUAUACAGUUUAUAACUAACUCUACGAGCAAAAGAAUGAAGUGUCUAUUAUAUAAACUUUUGGCUGGUUCAUAUUUAGAUCAGUGCAGAGGGAAUGUAGCAGGAUGUCUUUUUACUUAUUUCUGUUGACGUUUCGUUCAAGUUGCAGCCUUCACUGUGUCUGGAAGGCACGUUGAACUAAAAGGAAUAUUACAUUACUGGCUUGUUUUGUUGGUGAUAAUAUUCUUCCUUGAAGUCACUUUUAAAAGGAUAACUUAUUAUUUGAAGAGGUAUAAUGCUGUAUAAUGCUGUUGCCUCUAGUUCCUUCACUUGGAAUAUACUCGCUAAAAGAGAUGGCGUGAUUCAACGGAAGAUUAGAAUCUACAUUCUUCUUACUCCUUGAACUUUCAAAACAACGCAAGAAGUGUUAAGAACAUUUCAUUUGACGAAGCUUGUAUCCACAUAUAUAUGUUAUAUCAUUUGUUACAAACAUCUUGUUCCUUUAUACAAGUAUGUCCAGAGUACACGAUACCCUAUCCAGAGUGACCACUCUGCCGUCACAACUCAUGAACCUUAAGUCCCAUUCCGACAUUUCAGCUCAGGAAUUAAUUAAGCUUCCCAAGUUUGCUGUCAAGUUCGGAGUCCUAAGGAAGAAACCAAAGCUCUCAAUUCAGAACAAAUGGCCGCGAAGGUUUUUGGUGCUGUUAAAAGAUAACAUUUAUAUCUACAAAGACGAAACGUCCAACGCCCCCAAAAAUCAACUACUUCUGCGUUGUUUCAACCAAGUUCGAAGGGCCGAAUCCGAGACCCAUGAGUGGGCUUUUGCGCUUGUCGCCGACAACAACUUAAAAAGUGUAGGCACCAAAGUUUUCGCCUGCCUCAGUGAGGAAGAAAGACUCGGCUGGAUGAGGGCCAUCAAAGACCAGCUGUGUCUCGCACACGGCAUGCCUGACUCGGAAGUUGAGUCGUGCAGGAGAGCGCGAAGCGUGUCAAGCAAUGAGUUCGAUUUCCUAGAAGAGGUGGUCAGUGUAGGACGUGACAUUCAGUCCGAUACUUACAGCUCUGGUAGCUGCGGCUACUACAGUAGCGACGAAAGCAUCAGCAAUGCAAGUACAAGCUCCUUACCAUCCCCUCCGCCAGAUCCCACGCGGCACAAACGAAAGCCUGCAGUUCUUCCCAAACCAUCAAAACCACAAACAGCAGGGGGAGGGGGGGAUAAGAGGAGUAGCAAUUACAUCAACGUGGAGGACGUCGAGGGCGAUGACACCUACGACAUGCCCGUCUUCGAGAAGCUGGAAGUGCUCUGCACCGUCAGUGACAACAGCAUCGGCAGGGAAGAGCUCCUCCGGCAGCUGAAGUCGACAAGGGCGCCAGGGACGUACAUGCUGCGGAAGUCAAGGCAAAAUGAGGACAAAGUUUUGUCCUACCUGGCCCAGGACGACACUGUCAAAGAAUACAAGUUGCACAAAUUUGGAGGCUCUUUUAGCUUAGAUAAACUAAAAAUGUUUUCGACCAUUGAGGAACUUUUGAUGUAUUACACUGAAACCUAUUUACCUAAUUCGGAGAAUAAACUCAAACAAGGCUUUUAUAAAGAAACUUGAAACUGGACAGUGAAUUCGCAUUGAUUCGAUAACAUUGUUUUGUUGGAUUGGUAUGAAUUUCUUUAUAUUAAUUUGUUUUAAAUAAUUGAUAUUUCAUUCAUUUGCAGUAGUUUUUUUUUAUUAGUUUAAGUAAAGCUACUCCUAACUCGUGUCUUUAAUGUUUACAGGUAAAAAUCUUAUCGAAAUGUAAAAAAAAAAAAGUCCCAUUUGUUAUAAAGAAGUUAAAUGUUAUUUCUGUUUUGGGGAAGAUUCUUUUAUUUUGACAAUGGACGAGGGGGGGGGGGUCAAUUUUUUUUUAACUGGUAUAUUUCCAGUUUUCGAGACAAGUAUACGACAAAAUUUAGUUCCGUACAAAUAUCCUAGUUAUACUUUGUACAGGCUUAUUUGUAAAGAUGUGUGGCUGGCCAUUGCCUCACCUCCAGUAUGGUGUGUGUCCACAUUUCAAAUAUAUUAACAUUUACAAAAUAUGCAUAUUACGUUUUAAAAAAUAAUGAUGUUGAGAUUUAGUGUCUACCUACUCUGUAUUUCUUUCUUCACAAAUAUAACCUGCUUUCAGAUUUA